UCAAUAUGGCUCGCGACGAAUUUUCCAACUGCGAAUCGGAUAUCCGGUUGGACGGAAAAGUGGCUCUCGUAACAGGAGCAACGUCUGGCACCGGGCUCGAAGUGGCCAAGAACUUGGCCAGACGAGGGGCCAAGGUCAUCAUAGCCAGUCGAAACCCUGCCAAGUUGGCAGACGCGAGGAAUAUAAUUACUAAAGCGGCUAAACACGACAACGUUGUCGCCAGAACCUUGGAUUUUGAGUCACUGACGUCUGUGAGGACAUUCGUGCACCAGACGAUAAUGCAAGAGCCAAAGUUGGACAUAUUAAUUAACAACAUUGGUGCCAUUGGUCUAGAAGACAGACUGACUGAAGACGGCCUUCAGACUAUGAUGCAAGUAAACUAUUUCAGUUCAUUUCUGCUUACAUUUCUGUUAUUCCCACUUUUGAAAGCAUCUGCGCCGAGCAGAGUUGUCAACGUAUCCUCUCUUGCGUUGGUUCUUGGUUUUAUAGAUUUCGAGCACAUGAAUGAUGUUGGACGAUACACCAAUUUUCAAUAUUAUUGCAACGCUAAGCUAGGAAACAUACUCUUUACGGUGGAGAUGAAUAAAAGAAUCAGUGGUCAAGGCGUGAAUGUUUACAGCAUGGAUCCAGGACUGGGAAAGUCGGAAUUCUUCAGACAUUUGACCAAUGAGGAUUUGAAGACGUUGUUGAAUGCUGGUUUGCAGCUGAUUGGCCGGCCAUUGGAUCGAGUAGCUACUAUGCCAGUGUAUUUGGGGAUAGAUCCGAGGGUCGAACAUGACAGCGGGAACCACUUUAGAGACUGUAUGCUGUUCUACAGUAGCUGGUUUGCGAACGACACGGUACUUACGAGGAACUUAUGGGAAGAAACCAAGCGACUGGUCGGAAUUACGAAAGAAGAAGACUGGGAGAGAUAAUUGUAGUGGAAAAAAUUUUGAUUGUCACAAAAUGUGAUUGUUUAUUGACAAAUUCUGUAAGUCAGGCUUGGAACCGUGAGUGAUAUUGUGGUGCUGAUUGUAAAAAUACACGUAAGUUAAUGAAAUGUAAUGUAUGUAUUAAUGCAUGAUAAAAUUCCUAGUUAGACUAAGACGUCUAAGGAAUGUUUUGUUUGUACACCUGUAAAGGUAGAGUUUUGGUGAUUCCAUGAAAAUUGUUACAAUAAAGUAUUAAUAGUAUUAAUAUUCUUACAAUAGUAUGUAACCCAUUUCUCACAAACAAUAAAGAUUAUGAUUAUGAUCUAUGUAAACAAUGUUGUUUAUGCUAAUAUGUUAGCAUCUAAAAAAUAAAAU